AAAUUGAGCGUACCGAAAUUCAGUUGAUUUUGAACCGUUCUGGCGGCGUUUGCUAUUCGUAUCAGCUCUGCGGCCUGAAUUUGCCGAAAAGCGCACGAACUUCGGCUUUUCAAGAGAAAAGUUGCAAAAAUGACCGGACGACGAAGCGAAACUUAAUUAGUGCAAAGUGAUAUUUUUGGAAAGUUACAAUCAUGACCCACGAGAAUCACGAAAACCUUUCCAUGAUGGAUGCGGUUACCACCAAAUAUGGAAAAACUACGUUCGUGACUGUAUCAAAAACAUUGGCUAUCAUUUUGUUGUUCAUUUUCUUCAUAUGCUUAGUGGCAACAGGACUAUUGGUUUACAGUUUUACCUCGACUUGUCCGAAAAACGAAACCUUAGUGGCGGACAUUACUAGUAGUGAAAAAAGUGAAAUCUCAUUAUGUGAUAACUUAGGACUUAGUGAAGGCAUAAGUAAAGUUAAUUCGCUUCAAGGAGACUUUGAAGAAUUUGAAACGACUACACCCGUGAUUGUUGAGAGGCCCACUCCGAAACCGAGUACUGUUAAAGAUUUAGGCCUACGCUUAUCCAAAGACAUGGUACCAGAUUCCUACAAAGUGCAUCUCAUUCCGUUCAUUCAGGAAGACAACUUCACUUUUCACGGAGAAGAAAUCAUCCUCGUCAAUGUUUCCGAAGCCAGCACCAAUGUCACUUUGCAUUCAGUCGGCUUGAGCAUCGUUGCUGUUAAUGUAAUGAAUAUCAAUAAUGAAAGUAUAUCAGUAAAAGAUGUUCGAAGUUUGGAACGGAAGCAAUUUAUUGUAAUCGACCUGGAUGGAGUCGUGGAAGCUGGGCAGCAAUAUCAGAUAUAUAUCAAGUUCAAAGGGGUUCUGAAUGAUAUGUUGCAAGGAUUUUAUAGAAGCAGUUAUGUGGAACAAAAUGUUACCAAAUGGAUCGCGGCAACGCAAUUCCAAGCGACCGAUGCGAGAAGAGCAUUCCCAUGCUUCGAUGAACCAGCAUUCAAGGCAAAAUUUCAAAUUAAUAUUGCUCGACUGAAAAAUAUGACCGCCAUCUCAAAUAUGCCAAAGAUCGAUACCACACCAAACGUGAAAGACCUACCCGAUUAUGUUUGGGACCAAUUCGAGGAGAGUCUUCCCAUGUCUACUUACUUGGUCGCUUUUGUCGUUUCCGACUUUCAAAAUAUUAGCAAAGGCUCUUUUAGCGUAUGGGCUAGACCUAGCGCUCUUUCUCAAGCACGUUUUGCUUUGGAAAUAGCUCCGCUGAUAUUUAAAUAUUAUGAAAAAUUCUUUGGAAUCGAAUAUCCACUGCCUAAAGUUGAUUUGGUCGCUAUUCCUGAUUUUUCAGCUGGCGCUAUGGAAAACUGGGGACUGAUAACAUGCAGAGAACCAUUGCUACUUUACGAAGAAGGAAUAUCAAGCACAGUCAGUAAGCAAAGAAUUGCUCAUGUCAUUGCUCACGAAAUUGCUCAUCAAUGGUUCGGAAACCUGGUCACUCCAGAGUGGUGGGACGAUUUGUGGUUAAACGAAGGUUUUGCCACAUAUGCAGAAUUCUUAGGAGCACACGCAGUCAAUCCUAAGUGGAAAAAUAUGGAUCUCUUAGUAAACGAACUUCACGAGUCUCUGGUUUUGGAUGCUCUGAAGAGUUCCCAUCCCAUAUCGGUUGAAGUUAACGACCCUGAUGAAGUCAAUGAUAUAUUUGAUCGAAUAUCCUAUUCCAAAAGUGCGUGCAUUAUUCGAAUGAUAAAAGACUUUGUCGGAGACAAAGUGUUCGUUUCGGGGCUGCAGAAGUACCUGAAAAACAGGAUGUACAAAAAUGCAGUGCAAGAUGAUCUCUGGCAAUCGCUAACAGAAGAAACUCUGGUGUCUAAAAUGUUACCGGAAAAUACUACAAUCAAGGAAAUUAUGGAUACUUGGACUUUGCAGACUGGAUAUCCGGUCCUUACAGCGACGAUUGAUGUGAAUGGAGAUUUGACUAUUAUCCAGAAGCGAUAUUUGCUGAACAGAGACACCAAUGAAACAGAUCAGUCUUUAUGGUGGGUUCCUGUAACAGUCCUUGACAGUGCAGACACAAGACACCAUGCUUGGAUGGAAAAGGAGCGUCAAAUAAUCCUUAAAGGCAUACUGCCCCGCGAUACGUCGUGGUUUUUAGUAAAUGUUCACCAAACGGGAUACUACAGAGUGAACUACGCAGAAGAGAACUGGAAAUCGCUCACCAAUCAACUACAAGGCAAUGGUCAUCGCUUAAUCAAUCCAAGAAAUAGAGCUCAGAUGAUCGAUGAUGCAUUGAAUCUGGCGUUUGCGGGAUAUUUGAACUACGACGUAGCUCUGAAUCUGACUUUGUAUCUUCCGAACGAAAGAGAGUAUGUGCCAUGGAAAGCUGCCCUGACCAAUUUUCAAUUUUUGCACAACAUGUUUGCGAGAAGUGGACAUUUCGAUAAGUUCAAGGUAUAUGUGAUAUCAUUACUAAAAGACUUCUACCUCGAACUGACCUUCAAAGAAAGCGAUACAGAUGAACCAACAAGAGUUUUAACCCGGAUGGAAAUAGUGGAAUACGCAUGCAGACUCGGGCUUAAAGAUUGUGUCUUGCAAGCAGUUCAGUAUUUCCAAAAUUGGAGGAACAGUGCCAAUCCAGAUAAGGACAACUUGAUCAAUUUAAAUGUUCGGCAGACUGUCUAUUGCACAGCCAUUGGUGACGGAGGUCAGGAAGAAUGGGACUUUGCAUGGAACAGAUAUUUAAAUGCUAAUGUGGCUACUGAUAAAGAAAUUAUACUUACUGCAUUGGCUUGCUCAAAAGAAAUAUGGAUUUUAAGCAGGUAUCUAGAAUGGUCAAUAACCGAAAAUUCUGGUAUUCGAAAACACGACACGGCACGCGUUUUCGCUUUGAUAUCAGAAAAUCCAGUAGGCCACGAUCUGGUCUAUCGGUUUGUCAAGACCAACUGGCAAAGAAUCCGCAAAUAUUUGGGACCGAGUUCAGCGGCUUUAAGCAGCAUAAUUAAAUCAGCGACGGAAAAAUUCAACACAGAAGAAGAAGUAGAUGAUUUCAAAUCAUUUUUCGAGCGUCACAGGGAUCAAUUUGGCAUUGCCAUGAGAUCCGCCCAACAAUCGAUAGAGCAAGGAGAGGCUAAUACACGAUGGAUGAAAAACAAUUUCGCUUCGGUAAGAAAGUGGCUAGAAACAGCUAAAUUAAUCUAGUGAAGCUAUCCAUGAUGAGCGCAAUUUGUGUAAACCCAUACGCGAAUACACAUUCCGUUUAUUUAUUUUAGCCAGUUCAGUUUACCUAAUAGUAAAUCAUUCAUGUUUUAUAUACUUUUUAUAAAAUAAUGUUUAAUAUGUAGCAAAAUGCAUCUGUAAAUACUGAUUUCUUCUCUUAAGUGAGCCAAUAAAUAAUAUGAAAAAAAAA